CGGAACUUUUUCACAUUUCGACUGACAAUAUAAUAAGAGACGGAGAAGCGCAAUUACAAUGAAGUGUGUCAUUAUAAUUGGGUUAGCUUUAAUAGGCGUCUGUACAUCAGAGGAUAAAUACACGGACAGAUAUGAUGAUAUUAAUGUUGAUGAGAUUUUAUCUAACAAAAGAUUGUUUACGUCAUACAUAAAGUGUUUAAUGGACCAAGGACGUUGCACUCCUGAGGGUAACACAUUGAAAGUACACGUAACGGAUGCAAUUCAAAAUUCCUGUUCAAAAUGCACAGAAAUCCAGAAAACGAAAGCCAGGAAGGUUGUGAACUACAUUCGCGAAAACAACAAAGACGUCUGGGACGAACUGAUAAAGAAAUAUGACCCUAAAGAUGAAUAUAAAGAAAAAUACGAAGCAUUUCUUGAAGGCAAAUUUUGAUUCCGAUAUAUACCCAUAUGAGGAUAUUUCUGAUUCAAAAUUUAAAUAUAUAUAUAUAUAUAUAUAUAUAUAUAUAUGAGGUAAUUGAAUCAUAAAUUAUUAUAUAUCUUGAAAAUAUUUUCUUUUUUGUUUAAUUAAAAAGAAUUACAACAAGAAUAAUAAUACCAUAUUUUGUAAUAUAGCAACAUUUAUCUAAAUGUUUAAUUAUUAUAUUUAUAUUAAAAAAAAAAACUUCUAUCUAUUUUUUAACAUUAUACUACAAUUUAUACGGAAAUAAAUAUUAGUGUUUUAACGGACCACUGUUAUAAAGAUUAUUACAAACUCGGCUAACAAACGGUCGGUGUAAUGCACAGAGUGUUCGGAAAAACCUAGGAAGAUCAAAAACAUUUGUGAGUUUUAACUUAAUUGAUACAAACACAUAGAGAGUACGUUGAGAAAAAUGGAUAUAUGUACCUAUAUACAAUUUUGCUAUUGCUUAA